GAGCAGCAGCUGUGGAGCAAGAUAAGCAGCAUGAGAACCAAGGACACCUUUAGAAGAAGAAAGAACGUCUGGCGGCUCUGAUUGGAUAAGCGCCUGUGUGAACAGUUAAAGAGUGUUUUGUAGAAUGCUUUGUUAACAUGUAUAAAUAGAACAGUGCUUAACAAUAAAGUAGACUAACAGCUUUUAACCACGUUGGUGUGCUGUUGUGUCUCCAGCACGUCCUGAGAGUACAGAGACUUCCCCACAUUUGGUGCCCGAACAGGGAUGGCGUGGGACGAUUCAGGGAAGUGGACAACGGCAGGACAGUUGCCACAGAGAGUUGGCACCAACACAAGUGUUUCCGCAGCUGGAAGCUGGCACGGACGUCCCAUCCUACUGAUAGCGCCUGUUGCUCCACUGACUCACCUGGCAGCUUCUCCCUCACGGUGGUCAGGGGUAAUCCGUGAUGCUUUAUUGGAGGGGAAAUGGGAAACGGCUUCUCGAAUCGUGUGCCCAGUGGUAUAUGAUCAGCAGGGUGUGCAACAAGAAUCCCGUGCUUGGAAACGGUUACAAGUGUGGAAAACAGUUACGGAGUACAGCCUUAAAGCCCAAGGUAUCUGAACAAAUUAUUCAAUGGAUUUUUACUGCUGAUGUGAAUAUGCCAAACAACAUAAAAAAUUUGGGUAGAUUGCUAUUAACACCAUCAGAAAAUUUGUUGUUUCUCCAAGAGUGGUCUGAGAGAGCACACUGUGAGGCUGGAAUAGCUUGGCAGCCUGCUGAUUCACUGUAUGGCAUUACAGCAGAAAUGCUGACAGGGAUAGGUCCUUAUGCCUCCUCUGACACACAGUUUUCUUUUGCAGCAGCUUUUCACCACUUGUUGCCUAGACUGGCAUUGGAGGCAAUUUUUGCCAUUCCUGCUGGGAAAAAGGAACUGACUUUUGCCACUGUGUGCCAGGGGGUUACAGAACCAUUUACUGGUUAUGUGGGUCGAAUGUGGGUAGCAAUUCAGGAUAGUGAAUUGCCUGAAGAAACUAAAGAGCAGCUAUUUUGGGUUAUGGUGCAUGAUAAUGCCAAUAACCAUACUAAGGGUAUAUUAGCUACGCUUCCACAGGGAGCCACAGUCAAAAGCGUGUUGCAACAUGUAGCUCAAGUUGAGCAAAUUGCCACCGCUGUGCAAGUGGCUAUGGCUACACCGUCACCAAGAAGGGGCGGGAAUGAGAAGUUUACAUGCUAUCGUUUUGGUCUUACUGGUCAUAUGCGGCACAAUUGCACUAAAAAAAGUAUGGUGUCAUCAUUGUCAACAGCCCAGUUAAUUCCCAUACCAGCCCAAACUCCUGCAAGGGAUGGUCCUAGGAUAGGGGGUUUGGGGCCAACUGGCCCUCUAGCCUGUCUAACAGGGGAUCAGCCAAUGAUACAAGUAACGUUGACUUCUCGAGACAUCAGUAAAAGCUUUAUUAGACUCAGGCACUGAUGUCUCUAUUGUAUCUACUUCUGUUUGGCCUGUGCAAUGGGCGGCCUCCCCUGUCACAAACAUUAGUGGUGUUGGCGAUUUUUCUGCUACAAAACGCUCUAAGCACCUAGUGCAAUUUCAGCUUAAGGAAGAAAGAGUAAUCUCUCUCCUAUUACAUGUUGCUGCGUUGCCCAAUGGUUUGCAAAUGCUAGUUGGUCGUGAUAUUCUGUCCCAAAUUGGAAGUAGGCUCACUAAUCAGGAUUUAGUCUAAUGGUCACUGCAGCACCGCUACCUAUUCCUAUCAGCUGGAAAACGGAUGAAGCAAUAUGGGUGGAGCAGUGGCCAUUGUCGAAGGGACAUCUAGAAAUUGCACAAGCGUUAGUACAGGAACAACUUUGAGCAGGUCAUAUUUGACCUUCCACUAGCCCUUGGAAUACACCAAUCUUUGUUAUUCCAAAGAAAUCUGGCAAAUGGCACCUGCUGCACAACCUCCGGAAAAUCAGUGAUCAAAUGGAAACAAUGGGUGCCUUCCAAUAGCUGGGAAGUGCAAUUAAUCUCCCAUCUCUCUCAAUUUGGUCUUACGGUGGCACCGGAGAAAGUGCAACGCAUCUUUCCUAUGUUAUAUCUGAGUUGGAAAUUGUCAGAUGCUAUGAUAUACCCUCAAACUGCAGAAUUGAAAAUUGACAUUUCUACACUCACUGACUUACAAACUCUUUUAGGUCACUCAUAAUGGCUACGGCCAUCGGUUGGCAUUUCUAACGCUCAGCUAGAACAGUUCUUACAAUUGUUAAGGGAGAGACGUGCUAAUGUUGCGAUUGUGCUCACACCUGAGGCUAAGCAGGCUUUAGUUCAGAUUACGGCCCAAAUUCAAUCGGCAGCUAGCCAUCAUCAAUCCUUACUUCACAACAUUUCUCUUGUGUAUGUCCAGGAGAGGCAUGCGUUCGCAGUCAUCUGUCAAUGGAAAAAAACACUCACUUCUCCUCAAAACAGGCCUACUAAAUAAUCUCCUACUUCUCCUUCUGUGGUAUUGUGUUUUUUUUUGCUGGAAUGGCUGUUUCCCCCUGCUCAGCCUCGGUCAUCUUUGAUGACUCGUAUUGAUACAGUAGCUGAACUCAUUCAUGUGGGCAGAGACAGAGUUCUCUGCAUAGUGGGGCGUGAACCUGACGAUAUUAGUUUAUUCUUCACCUCGCUGUGGGCAGUGUGGGUGCGCUGUCACUCCCUCUCCUUGCAGUUGGCUUUAGAAGGGUACCCUGGUCGUUUGCAUACAGAACACCCAGAUCAGCGAGUAGCGCAGCUCCUGGAAAAUACUGACUGGGUUGAAAUACCUCGCUAUUCAAGACGACCAGUGAAUGGUCUCACAGUAUACUAAUGCUGGAUGCCGGAGCCACAUAGCUGUCUGUAUGUGGUGGGACAAUAGCUGGAAGCUUCAGUUUGUGCCACAGAGCCACAAGAUGGCUUACAAACUACGGAAAUAAAAGUGAUUUUGUUGGCCUUUACUGUGUGGCCAAAUGAACCUCUAAAUAUUGUAACCGAUUCCCUCUACACAGCUGGCAUAUGUCAAAGAACUGAGAAUGCCCACAUUAGAGACAACAAGAAUAUGUGGCUUAUCUCUAUGUUUUUACAUCUUAAACACACGUGUGGCAAAGAAAGGAACCAUAUUGUGUCAUCCAUAUUUGCAGCCACCUAAAUACACUUGGUUUAGGGGAGGAUAAUGCUUUAGCUGAUAAAUUGGCUAUGGUAACUCCUGUUAAUCUGUUUGAUGCUGCUCAUAGCUCUUAUGAGAUGUUUCAUCAAAAUGCCUGUGGUUUACAUAGACAGUUUAAUAUUGAAUGGUGCAAGGUUAAUAGUACAAACAUGUCCACAGUGCAGUCACCAUAACAGUGGCCUUGGGCUGGGGACCAAUCCCCAAGGCUUACGAGCAUUGGAAGUGUGGCAAACAGAUAUCACCCAUAUUGCAGAGGUCGACUGUGGUUUGUUCAUGUCACUACUGACACUUACUGUGGGUUUACAUGGGCCUCUCCUUUAGCAGGUGAAUCUGUUAAGCAUGUCAUUAAACAUUGGAUUGCAUCUUUUGCUAUCCUAGGAGUUCCAAAACAAAUUAGAAUGGGUAAUGGGCCGGCCUAUCAGUCACAGUCAGUAGAGUCUUUUUUGCAAAAGUGGAGAAUUCAACAUAAGUUUGGGAUCCCACAUACUCCUACAGGUCAGGCUGUUAUAGAACACGUGCAUGCUAUGCUAAAAGCGCAACAAAACCGAAUGGGUGAUGUAGGUGCUGUGCCAGAUUGCCUCAUGAGCGCUCUUUUCUCCCUUAACUUCUUUCCUGUAUGAGGAGGCUCACUGGUACCUGCUAUAACCUUGCAUCAUUCAAGCACUAGUAUGAGAGUACUAUCUGAGUCUGCAAAAGUACCUUACAGAGAUCCUGGAGAUUGGAAGGGCCCAAGUACUAUUAUAUUUGC